AUCCUAAGUCAUUUUUAACUUGGCUGUUCAUUUAUUUGCCCUACUCUACAUUCUGUAAUGGAUUUUUACAUAGCCAUUCUUGGACUGACAUUGCCAUCAAUGAUGAGAUUCGUGUCGGGGGGAGAAAUGUGUAACUAUCCCCCAGAUUUAGCCAUCAGAAACCUGACUGCUGAAAGGUUUCUGGUUGGUACAGAACUAACAUACAACUGUGAUCCAGACCACUUUGCUGGCAUUACGAACUAUCUGACCUACAUGUGUGAUAAUUCUAAUGGAAAUAAUAGGUGGAUAUCAGAGUUUUGCUAUUGCCGCAGGUCUGACGGCACAACCACAAAUACAGAGAUCGGAAAUGAUUCAUCUCACUGUGAAGUCUCAAAUAAUAUGAAUGAAACUAUACCAACAGGAGAUUACUGUGGUCCACCACCAACUGUAAAGAAUGCAAAACUAGACUAUUCUGAGUCAACAUUUCCAGUAGGCCAAGAAUUUAAUUACAUCUUUGAAUGUGAUGGUCAUGACAAAAACACAAGCCAUGGAGUUCUACAGUGUCAGGAUGCCAGUGUGUGGAUAAAAUUAUCUGAUGGAUGUAUCAACAAAACGUUCAAGUCAGCUCCUUGGCCUUACAAUAUAGGGAUUAACUGCACCGAGAGGAAUAACAAUCGUUCUGUAAAAUGUGAUGGGUCACAUGAAGCAGAAGUCACACCAUGUGCAGGUGUAUAUGCCAUUUGUGUUAAUGUUGCUGUUGGCGCCAUUACGGCUAUCAUGGUGAUAUUUGCAAUCUUCAAGAUAGCACAAUGGAGGAUAAAAUCCACUGGGAAAGGCAAAUUCUUGCAGAGGACUACUGUGUCUACAGAAAAAGAAGAGGAGAUGAAUGUUGUCCAUGUUCCUCUAAACGGAUAGCAAUAGAGAUGUUGAGCUGUUUGAUAUCAGAUGAAGCUGAAACUAUAUUUUCACCUCAUCGCGUGUUCCCUCACUUUUCAUCUGCGUUAAUGGAAUGAAGAAGUGAAUGUUUUAAACCUUGCAUUC